AUGGAUCCCUUCAUCAACAUGUCGGCGCAGUUCCCCAACGGGGCUGUUCCCAACCCCCAGUUCGCCCUCCUCAACUACUUCUUCCCGGGCUUCUCCAUGUUUACGUCUGCCCUGCACGCUUACCUGGGUAUUGACCUCAACUUUUACAUCCCUCUCCUUGUCGCCAUCUUUGGUCUGAAUUUCGCAUGGAGCUAUUUCAGCACUUCAGCAUGGGCCUGGAUCGACGAAUAUCUCAUGUCGUCCUUUAGGGUCCGCACUGAUGAUGAAAUCUACAACAUGCUGAUGCUCUGGAUCUCACGUCAAACGUUUUCUCAAAACUCUCGUCGUUUCCUGGUCAAUACCGAUUUAUACUCUCGCAGCAGCUACAUCUGGGGCGGUUCAAACGACGACAGUGACGACGAGGAUGGAGACGACGAGGUCAGCAUCGAUAUCCUAGGACCAAAGCAGACUUUGCACUAUACUCCCUCGUUUGGGUCUCAUCUGUUUUGGUACAAGGGAUGGCCCCUGUUCUUUGAACGUCACCAGAACCAGCAGCAAAUCAACUUCCAAAGCGCCAGCGAGCGAGAGGAGCUCUCCAUUUCAUGCUUUGGCCGGAACCCGCGUCUCCUCAAAGAACUUCUCUUCGAGGCUCGUCAGAUGUACCUCAAAAAGGACGAGCGCAAGACCCUCAUCUAUCGCAGCUCCAAUGGCACUGCCUACGGCGGUGAGCCUUACUGGCAGCGCAGCAUGUCUCGCCCUAACCGCCCCUUCUCCACCGUCAUCCUGAGCGAGAAGAUGAAGCAGGAUCUGAUUGACGAUGCCGCCGACUACCUCAACCCUGCUACUCGCCGGUGGUAUGCUAACCGUGGUAUCCCUUACCGACGCGGUUACCUUCUCUACGGCCCCCCAGGUACUGGAAAGAGCUCUCUCAGCCUGGCUUUAGCUGGGUACUUCCGGAUGAAGAUUUACAUUGUCAGCCUGAGUUCCACCAAUGCCACCGAGGAGGGCCUCACCUCUCUCUUCAGCAACCUGCCCACUCGCUGCCUUGUACUCCUUGAGGACAUUGACACCGCUGGUUUGACACACACCCGAGAGGAGCCGGAUGUCGCGCCUGCCCCUGUUGCUGCUCCGAAUCCCUCGGCACCAACUCCGUCUCCGCCUUCAAAUACAGGAUCAGGUGGUCGCCUUUCACUCUCUGGACUUCUCAACAUUCUGGAUGGAGUCGCCUCGCAGGAGGGCCGUCUUCUUGUCAUGACCACCAAUCACAUUGAGAAGUUGGACAAGGCGCUGAUCCGGCCCGGCCGCGUGGACAUGAUUGUCCCCUUCAGCCUUGCCGAUAAGACCAUGACCGAGUCCAUCUUCCGCGCCAUCUAUGCACCCUUUGAGAGCGAGAUUUCCUCGAACGAGCUGGCCCUCGGCUCCAAGAGCGGUACCAGCACACCCAAGCGCGUUGAACCGGAUGAGGAGGCCAAGCAACGGUGGGCCAGACAGCAUGCUGAGAUUUCUGAGCGCAUUGAGGUUCUCUCUCUACAGUUUGCUACCAAGAUCCCCGAGUUUGAAUUCAGCCCCGCGGAGAUUCAGGGACUGCUUCUCAAGUAUAAGCGGUCCCCCGAGGAUGCCAUUGAGGCUGCAGACGCUUGGGUGAUUCAAACUCGCAAGGAUAAGAAGGAGAAGGAGCUGCAAGAGGCUGAGAAGCGGCGCAAGGAGCAAGAGGAAGAGGAGAAGAAGAAGGCUGAAGAGGAGCAGAAGAAGGCCGAAGAGGCGCAGAAGAAGGAGGGCGAGGAUAGCACGGCCAAGACUGAAGGCUCGGACCAGAAGGAGAGUGCCGAUGCUCCCAAGGUACCUCAAUCCACCGGAGAGGGAGAUGCCGACAAGGGAAGUGAGGCCAAGGUGGAGACGUCCGAUGUGACCAAGGAUGAUAAGAAGAACACUGCAUCGGAUUCGGAGUAUGAACGGGUGUAA